AUGCUGCUUUCGGCGAUUUUCUGCAUUUCUGGCAUCCUGUACGCCGCAAAGAAAGUGAGCGAGUCCCACGAGUAUCAUUUGGAUCUGAGAGAGCGUAUUGGGAGGUUCGAGUCGAGUAUCGCCGAGUCUCACAAGAAAGUGCUUCAGCUGGAGAAGGACUACGCUGUUUGGAGCGAAUACGUCCGCAAACUGACUGAAGAAGACGAAGCGAAUGCUUUGACGCAGCUGCAAGCACUGCACGUUGAAGUGCAGAAAUGGCAGCAAGACAUGCACGAAGACCUCGUGCAAUUUCGACAGGCGCUGUCGGUGGACUCCAUCGAACAAGCGUUUGCGAACGUGCGUGUGAACGACACGAAGCAAAUCGAAGAGUAA